AUGUCAAUUGCUCUUGUAACUGGCUGCAACAAAGGCAUCGGGUUUUACAUUGCCCGUGGUCUUUGCGAAAAAGGAUACGCUGUCAUCAUGGGAUGUCGUGAUGCUGCGAAGGCAAAGGAGGCGGAAAGCAGAAUUAAAACCGACUUCCCUGGUGCUGUUUUGCACCAUGUCACUGUUGAUCUUUCAAAGCCGUCGACCGUUGCGGCCGCAGCCAUCGAGGUGAAAAGUACAUUUGGACCCGCAAUUGACAUUUUGGUAAACAAUGCAGGGUUCGCGUACAAGACGGAUUCAACGGUACCCUUUCAUACACAGGCUGAGGUUUCCGCCGCUAUCAAUUACCGGGCGACGCGUGCAAUGUGUGAAUCCUUUGCCCCGCUUAUUAAGAAGGGUGGACGCAUUGUAAAUGUCUCAUCUACCGCUGGUACAUUAAGCAUUAUACACGGCGAUGCCUUGAAGAAGCGCUGGCUGGCUGCGGAUUCUGGCGACGAUAUCGACUUCCUGGUUGGUGAGUUUCUAGCACACACAAAAACAAGUGAUUUUGAGCAACUUGGCUGGCCUGCAUCGGCUUAUGGUGUAAGCAAACUGGCCAAUACAACUUUCACCAGAGUGUUUGGAAAGGCUCAUCCAGAGAUUCACAUUUUUGCGUGCUGUCCUGGUUGGUGUCGCACGGACAUGUCGUCACAAGAAGGACUGAAGAGUGCACAGGAAGGUGCAGACACUCCUCUGUGGCUUGCGACUUCGUCUGAGUGUUUAAACGUCAUACCCCAAGGCGGCUUUGCGGCCGACCGUAAAGCGAUUUAA